AUGGGGGAAUUCCUUCAGAGGAGAGUGGGAGAUCUGAUCCCUCAGCAGGCGAGGGAUGGUUCCCUUUCCCUCACCCAGUGGGAAAACCAGUGGCGGGGGUUCCUUAGGACAUUGGAGCCUCCUCAGUCUCGAUGGGGGAUCCCUCCCUUGCCAGAGAAAUCUUCACCCUGGCAUGACACCAAGGCCUUUCUGGCCUCCUUUGAGCAAGUGGCCGAAGCCUGUCAGUGGUCUGAGGAAGAGCGAGUGAACCGUCUCCUCCCAGCCCUCAGUGGAGAAGCUGAGGAGGCCUAUAUCAGCCUGGAUAUCGGAGACAGAGAGGAUUAUGGGAAGGUGAAAGCAUCCAUUCUGCGAAGGGACGCGAUGAGCAGAGAGAAGCAGCGUGAAGAGUUCAGGCGUUUCUGCUACCAGGAGGCCGAGGGCCCGAGGGGGGCUUACAUCCGACUGUGGGAAAUGUGCCGCGGGUGGCUGAGAGUGGAGAAUCACAGCAAGGAGCAGAUCCUGGAGCUCUUGGUCCUGGAGCAGUUGCUGAGCAUCCUCCCUCCGGAGAUCCGGAGCCAAGUGAGGGAGAGCGGCCCCGACAGCUGCUCCCAGGCGGUGGCCCUGGCUGAGGAGUGCCUCUUAAGACAGCAAGAGGUCGAGGAGCAGGCACCCUUAGAGGAAGCGGCUGGGAGUGUUUCUGAGGGAGGCCAGGAUCCCUCUGAAGGGGAGUGGAGGCGGCUGUUGGUGGACAUCAAGGAAGAGGAGGACUCAGAGGACAGCCUGCUGGUCUGUGAGGUGCCCGAGAAUGAAAAGGACGGAGGAUUCCAGGCAUUAUUGUCAGAACCAUGCAGGAGCGAAGACUUGAAAGGAAGCUUCAGGAAUGGUGAUGGACCAGCGAGGCAGGGUGGAAACAGCAUCCUGCAGAGAAGGGAUAAAUCCAUUCCGUGCCGAGGAGGGGACUUCCAGGAAAUCCCACUUCAGCAGGAAAGGCCAGCCCAAAAGAGGAAGGAAAAGGACCUCCCUGCUCACCUGAGAAUCCACCAAGGGGAAACUCAGAAUGAAAGCGUGGAGCUCCAAAAGAGCUUUGGUCAGAAUGUGAACCUGAUUUCCCGUCAACAGACUCACUCGGUAGAGAAACUGUAUAAUUUCUCGGAGUGCGGAGAGAGUUUUGGUUGGAGAGCGACCCUUACUGCGCAUCAAAGAGUUGACGAAGGGGAAGAGCCAGAUGAGCUUCCAGAGUAUGAGAACAGCUACAGUUGGGGGGCCCAUGCAGGAGGGGAACCAGAUGAGGGCUCCGAGGUUGGAAACUCCAGUGGAUGCUUCAGCUUUGCCGUGCCUCAGCGAAUGCACCCGGCGGAGAGACGGUAUAAAUGCCCAGAGUGUGGACAGAGGUUUCGGCGGGCCGCACACGUUCAGCAGCAUCGGAUAAUCCACACGGGGGAGAAACCGUAUGAGUGCUCCGAGUGUGGGAAGAAGUUUACUCGGCUGCCGUACCUGCAACAGCAUCAAAGAAUCCACACGGGGGAGAGACCGUACGAGUGCUCUGACUGUGGGAAGAGCUUCAGUCGCCGCCGAAGCCUCACUGUGCAUCAGAGAAUCCACACAGGGCAGAGGCCUUUCGAGUGCCCCGAGUGUGGAAAGCGAUUCGGUUUCAGUUCCCACCUUCAGCAACAUUUGAGAAUCCACACUGGAGAGACUCCGUACCAGUGCUCAGAGUGCGGGAAGGCCUUCCGCCACCGCAUAAGCCUCACCGUGCAUCAAAGAGCGCAUAAAGGAGAGAGGCCUUUUAAAUGUUCAGAGUGCGGAAAGAGGUUCAGUCGGACAUCCUACCUGCAGAAGCAUCGAAGAAUCCACAAUGGGGAGAAACCUUACGAGUGUUCAGACUGUGGAAAGAGGUUUGGUAUCAGGUCCUACCUUCAGCGGCAUCGAAGGAUCCACACGAGGGAGAGACCAUAUCAAUGUUUGGAGUGCGGAAAGAGUUUUAUUCAGCCGUCACACCUUCAUGAACAUGAAACAACCCACAUGCCCCAAACCACAUAUCUGCAACGGAGGAUCCUGGAGAGGGGCCGUCACAAGGGCAACACUUCUGACUGUAUUGCAGCAAUAGAAGAACAGGCGGCCCCAGAGGACCCAGGGGAGACAAACGCAUUGGUUGAAGCCAUACAUGAGUUUCCCGCACCAGAGGACCAAGGGGAGACCUUGUCAGUGGGUGCAGGUGCUGCAGAUGAGGAACUGCCACAGGAGGCCUCCCGAUUGUACCCUCUGCAAAUUGCGUCACCCGCCGAGACAUCCAUGGGUAUGAUCGGCAAAAUGAUGUGUGUGUUUGUCAUUGGAACAUUCCCUCCCCCUGGGGGAAGAGAGAUGAUGGCGGUGAAGACAGUUCAGGCGCCGCCGUUCUCCUUCGAAGAGGUGGCCGUGUACUUCACGGAAGAGGAGUGGGCACUCCUUGACGCUGAGCAGAGAGACCUGUACUGGGAUGUUAUGCAGGAGAAUUACGAAAAUGUGGCUUCCCUAGGGAUCACGGGGAAUAAUACUUGUCUGGAUUCUCCCUCUAUCCCAGCAAGCGAGGUCAUAGUGAGGGAGAUCAAGGAAGAGAGCCCCGAACAGGAAAUCCCCAAACAAACUGAGCCCCAAUGGACUUUACUGGGAUCGCUCUCAGGGAACGCCGGCUUGAACCCUGAGACCUACGAGACCCGGUGCGGAUUGCAGAGGCAGUGGGACGUGCCGCAGGGGAACACAUGGCGAGAACCCUCCCGCCACUUGAGGGCGGCAAACUCCAAGAGGAGCAUGUUCCACGUGGGGCGAAAGAAGCUGAUGUGCCCGGAGUGUGACCGGUGGUUCCACUGCAAAUCUGAGUUUUUGCUGCACUGGAGGACUCACACGGGGGAGAAGCCCUACGAAUGCCUCGCUUGCGGGAAGAGGUUCAUCCAGAGCUCCCACCUGAGUGCCCACCGGCGCAUCCACACGGGGGAGAAACCCUAUGAGUGCCCCAAGUGUGGGCGGAGCUUCAACCGCCGCUCCACCCUAACCGAGCACCUGCGGAUCCAUACAGGCGAGAAGCCCUACAAAUGCCUUGAGUGCGGGGAGAGCUUCCGAUGGAGGCCUUACCUGACCAAGCACCAGAGGGUCCACAUGGGGAAUGCUCCUUUCGAAUGCCUGGCCUGCGGGAAGCGCUUUUUCCAGAGCACACACCUCAACGCCCACCUGCGCAUCCACACGGGGGAGAAGCCCUACGAGUGCCCCAAGUGUGGGCGGAGCUUCAACCGCCGCUCCACCCUGACCGAGCACCUGAGGAUUCACACGGGGGAAAAGCCGUACAAGUGCCUGCAGUGCGGGGAGAGCUUCCGAUGGAGGCCAUACCUGACCAAGCACCAGAGGGUCCAUGUGGGGGACAAUGCCUACAAGUACUUUGACAAUGGGGAGAGUCUCUACGACAGCUCUGUUUUCCCUGACCCUCCAGAAGGAAUCCACCCAGAAUAUCUGGUUUCCACACCUGACAUGCUGUCCCAUAUAGGACCUCAGGGAGAGCCAUGG